AUAUGUGAUCCAGUUUAGUUAUUUAUUUAUUUUUAGCCCCCAUCUCUCUCCACUGUACGAUAAACGAGGAGGGGCUUGAUGCCGUGUAGGAGGCAGGCAGGCAGGCAAGCCGUGCUGCUGACCCGCUUGUGGUGUGUGUCGCCUCGCCUACGUCCAAGCCAGCUCGCAUGCUGUAAGGAGUGAGAGUCAUCAGGUGUGUAGGCUGGUGCGGCCAUUACACUAACCCACCAAGAUGGUGGCCUUGUCAUUAAAGAUUUGUGUGCGGCAGUGCAAUGUGGUAAAAACAAUGCAGUUUGAACCCUCCACCCCUGUGUAUGAUGCCUGCAGGAUAAUCAGAGAAAGAGUUCCAGAAGCCCAGUCCGGACAAGCCUCCGAUUAUGGCCUUUUCCUGUCUGACGAUGAUCCCAGGAAAGGAAUCUGGCUCGAGUCUGGGAGAACCCUGGAUUACUACAUGCUGCGAAACGGAGAUGUCUUGGAGUAUAAGAAGAAACAAAGGCCGCAAAAGAUCAAAAUGCUGGAUGGUGCCAUUAAAACCAUCAUGGUUGACGAUUCAAAAACAGUCGGCGAGCUACUUGUCACGAUAUGCAGUAGAAUAGGAAUUACCAACUAUGAGGAAUAUUCGCUGAUACAGGAAGUUCCCGAAGACAAGAAGGAAGAGAGUACAGGAACACUGAAGAAAGACAGGACCCUACUACUACGAGAUGAAAGAAAAAUGGAAAAACUAAAAGCCAAACUCCACACGGAUGAUGACUUGAACUGGCUGGAUCACAGCAGGACGUUCAGAGAGCAGGGAGUGGAAGAAAGUGAAACCUUGCUGCUCAGGCGCAAAUUCUUCUAUUCUGACCAGAACGUGGACUCUCGGGACCCGGUCCAGCUAAACCUGCUCUACGUUCAGGCUAGGGAUGAUAUAUUGAAUGGAUCCCACCCUGUUUCCUUUGACAAAGCCUGUGAGUUUGCAGGGAUACAGGCUCAGAUCCAGUUUGGACCCCACGUGGAGCACAAACACAAGCCUGGAUUCCUGGACCUGAAAGAGUUCCUCCCUAAAGAGUACAUCAAGCAACGAGGGUCUGAGAAGAAAAUAUUCCAAGAACAUAAAAACUGUGGAGAAAUGUCAGAAAUCGAAGGCAAAGUGAAGUAUGUGAAGCUUGCCAGGUCUCUGCCAACAUAUGGAGUGUCCUUCUUCCUCGUCAAGGAAAAGAUGAAGGGUAAAAAUAAGCUGGUCCCAAGGCUGCUGGGGAUAACCAAAGAGUCAGUGAUGCGAGUGGAUGAGAAGACGAAGGAUGUGGUACAGGAAUGGCCCCUGACAACAGUCAAGAGAUGGGCAGCCUCCCCGAAGAGUUUUACCUUGGAUUUUGGAGAAUAUCAGGAAAGUUACUACUCUGUCCAGACAACAGAAGGUGAACAGAUAUCCCAGCUUAUUGCAGGAUACAUCGACAUCAUUCUUAAAAAGAAGCAGAGUAAGGACCGAUUUGGCCUUGAGGGGGACGAGGAAUCCACAAUGCUGGAGGAAUCUGUUUCCCCAAAGAAGUCCACAAUUUUGCAACAGCAGUAUAAUAGGGUUGGUCGUGUGGAACAUGGGUCAGUGGCUCUUCCUGGUAUUAUACGCUCUGGCUCCAUUGGUGGCCCUGAUAACUACAGUGUAGGUACAAUGCCUUCUGCCCAGCAGCAAAUCACCACAGGACAGAUGCACAGAGGACACAUGCCUCCACUAAGUCUAGCCCAGCAGGCUCUAAUGGGAACCAUUAACAGCAGCAUGAAGGCUGUUCAGCAGGCGCAAGCCGACCUGGGACAAGUAGAUAAUCUGCCUCCACUGGGCCAUGACUUGGCAUCCAGGGUCUGGGUUCAGAACAAAGUGGAUGAAUCAAAACAUGAAAUCCAUUCUCAGGUUGAUGCCAUCACUGCUGGAACAGCUUCUGUGGUCAAUCUCACAGCAGGUGAGCCAACAGAGACCGACUACACAGCAGUCGGCUGCGCCAUCACUACCAUAUCCUCCAACCUCACGGAAAUGUCCAGGGGCGUGAAGCUUCUUGCAGCACUGAUGGAAGAUGAAGUGGGAAGCGGACACAAGCUCAUGGGUGCCGCCAGAAUGUUGGCAGGAGCAGUGUCAGAUCUGCUCAGGUCUGUGGAGCCCUGCUGCCGGCGAGGUGAGCCGAGACAGACGGUGCUGACUGCAGCAGGAAGCAUUGGACAAGCCAGCGGGGAUCUGCUCCGUCACAUGGGGGAGGGCGAGACUGAUGAGAAGUUCCAGGACACCCUGAUGAAUCUAGCCAAAGCGGUGGCCAAUGCAGCUGCUAUGUUAGUCCUGAAGGCCAAGAAUGUGGCCCAGGUGGCCGAGGACACCAUACUGCAGAACCGAGUGAUUGCAGCUGCCACUCAGUGUGCCCUGUCUACCUCCCAACUGGUUGCAUGCACCAAGGUGGUAAGCCCAACCAUCAGCUCGCCGGUUUGUCAGGAGCAGCUUGUCGAGGCCGGGAAGCUGGUGGACCGAUCGGUGGAGACCUGCGUCAAAGCUUGCCGCUCGGCCAGCAGCGACGGCGAGUUGCUGAAACAAGUUGCAGCUGCAGCUGGUGUGGUCAGCCAGGCCCUGAGUGACCUCCUCCAACACGUCCGCCACUACGCCAGCUGCGGGGAGCCCAUCGGACGCUACGACCAAGCCACAGACACAAUUAUGAAUGUGACUGAAAAUAUUUUCACUUCCAUGGGCGAUGCAGGUGAAAUGGUGCGUCAGGCUCGCGUGCUGGCCCAGGCUACCUCGGACUUAGUCAAUGCCAUGAGGUCAGACGCAGAGGCAGAAGUGGAUGUCGACAACUCCAAGAAACUUCUUGCUGCAGCCAAACUCCUGGCGGAUGCCACAGCUCGAAUGGUGGAGGCUGCAAAGGGGGCAGCCGCAUACCCAGAGAAUGAGGACCAGCAACAGAGAUUAAGGGAGGCAGCCGAGGGGUUACGGGUUGCUACUAAUGCUGCAGCUCAAAACGCCAUAAAGAAAAAACUAGUCAAUAGACUGGAGAUCGCCGCUAAGCAGGCAGCGGCUGCUGCAACUCAGACCAUAGCAGCUGCCCAAAAUGCUGCCGCUUCCAACAAAAAUACUGCUUCACACCAGCAGCUUGUACACAGCUGUAAGGCAGUAGCAGACAGUAUUCCCCAGUUGGUGCAAGGAAUGAGGAGCAGCCAGGCCCAGCCUGAGGAGCUUGGCCCUCAGCUCGCCCUCAUCAUGGCCAGCCAAAGCUUUUUGCAGCCUGGAAGCAAGAUGGUUGCGUCGGCAAAGUCAGCUGUGCCAACGGUGGCUGAGCAGGCUGCUGCUAUGCAACUGGGCCAGUGUGCCAAGAAUUUAGCAACCUGUCUGGCAGAGCUCAGGACUGCCAUGCAGAAGGCCCAUGAAGCCUGUGGCCCUUUGGAGAUUGACUCAGCGCUCAAGACAGUGCAGACACUAAAGAGUGAACUCCAAGAUGCAAAGAGGUCUGUGAUUGAUGGCCAGUUAAAACCUCUUCCAGGAGAAACGCUGGAAAAGUGUGCUCAAGAUUUGGGAAGUACAUCAAAGGCUGUGGGCUCCUCUAUGGCCCAGCUGCUGACCUGUGCUGCUCAGGGCAAUGAACAUUACACAGGUGUUGCCGCACGAGAAACAGCCCAGGCUUUGAGGACUUUGGGCCAAGCUGCCAGAGGUGUAGCGGCCAGCACUAAGGAGCCUCAAGCUGCAGCUGCCAUGUUGGACUCGGCUCAGUAUGUGAUGGAAGGCUCAGCCAUGCUGAUCCACGAGGCCCAUCAGGCUCUGGUUCAUCCAGGAGAUGCUGAGAGUCAGCAGAGACUGGCUCAGGUAGCUAAAGCGGUGUCACACUCCCUGAAUAACUGUGUGAACUGCCUACCAGGCCAGAAGGACGUCGAUAUGGCUCUCAGGAGCAUCGGGGAAGCCAGCAAGAAGCUCCUGGUGGACUGUCUCCCUCCCUGCAGUAAGACUUUCCAGGAGGCCCAAACUGAUUUGAACCACACAGCAGCUGAACUCAACCACUCAGCAGGCGAGGUCGUCCACUCAUCCCGUGGAACAAGCAGCCAGCUGGCUGCAGCCUCAGGGAAGUUCAGCCAAGACUUUGAUGAGUUCCUGGAUGCUGGCAUUGAGAUGGCAGGACACACCCAAAGCAAAGAGGACCAGAUUCAAGUCAUUGGUAAUCUGAAAAACAUCUCAAUGGCAUCAAGUAAGCUGCUACUGGCCGCCAAGUCUCUCUCUGUGGAUCCAGGUGCUGCCAAUGCGAAAAAUCUUCUAGCUGUAGCAGCAAGGGCAGUGACGGAGAGCAUUAACCAGCUGAUAACAAUCUGCACCCAGCAAGCAGCGGGACAAAAAGAGUGUGACAACGCCUUGAGGGAGUUGGAGGCUGUCAGAGGUCUCCUAGGCAACCCCAACGAGCCAGUAAAUGAACUCUCCUACUUUGACUGCAUCGAAAGCGUCAUGGAGAACUCAAAAGUUCUGGGAGAGUCAAUGGCAGGCAUUUCUCAGCACUGUAAGACAGGUGAUGUUUUAGCCUUUGGAGAGAGUGUGAGUUUGGCAUCCAAAGCUUUGUGUGGGCUGACAGAGGCUGCAGCACAGGCCUCUUACCUUGUAGCUGUUUCCGAUCCUAAUAGUCACUCAGGUCAUGAAGGGCUAGUGGAUCCUAUUCAGUUUGCCCGAGCGCAUCAAGCCAUACAGACAGCUUGCCAGAACUUAGUGGACCCAGCCAGUAGUCCCUCACAGGUCCUGUCUGCAGCAACGAUUGUUGCCAAGCACACCUCAGCUCUCUGUAACGCCUGCCGCCUAGCCUCUUCUAAAACCUCCAACCCUGUGGCUAGGAGGCAGUUUGUCCAGUCAGCCAAAGAGGUGGCCAACACCACAGCCAACCUCGUCAAAACCAUCAAGGCAUUAGAUGGCGAUUUUUCGGAGGACAAUAGAAAUAGGUGCCGUGUUGCCACAGCUCCACUUCUUGAGGCUGUAGAAAACCUGUCAACCUUUGCUAACAACCCUGAGUUUGCAAGCAUCCCAGCUCAGAUCAGUAAUGAGGGCUCGGUGGCACAGGAGCCUAUAGUACGCUCGGCCCGCUCCAUGCUUGAUAGCUCCACUUACCUCAUAGAAACGGCCCGCUCGCUGGUCCUCAACCCCAAAGACCCCCCCACAUGGUCCAUUCUGGCAGGCCACUCCAGGACGGUUUCUGACUCCAUUAAAAGUCUCAUCACAUCGAUCAGGGACAAGGCUCCAGGGCAGAGGGAGUGCGAUUACUCCAUUGAUAACAUCAAUAAAUGUAUCCGAGAUAUUGAGCAAGCCUCCCUGGCUGCAGUUGGGCAGACACUGCCCUGUAGAGAUGAUAUCUCCAUGGAGGCACUCCAGGAGCAGCUGACAUCCUCUGUGCAAGAGAUCGGUCAUCUGAUUGAUCCUGUCUCCACAGCAGCCCGAGGCGAAGCUGCCCAACUGGGACACAAGGUGACUCAGCUGGCUGGUUACUUUGAUCCACUCAUUGUGGCAUCAGUGGGCUUAGUCUCGAAACUGCAAGACCACCAACAGCAGAUGACCAUCCUGGAUCAAACCAAAACGUUGUCCGAGUCUGCCCUUCAGAUGCUCUAUGCUGCCAAAGAAGGCGGAGGAAACCCAAAGGCAUCCCACACUCAUGAUGCCAUCUCUGAGGCUGCACAACUGAUGAAGGAGGCUGUGGACGACAUCAUGGUGACUUUGAAUGAGGCAGCGAGUGAGGUUGGCAUGGUUGGGGGCAUGGUGGAGUCCAUUGCUGAGUCCAUUGGCAGGCUUGAUGAAGGAACUCCACCUGAACCUGAAGGAUCUUUUGUGGACUACCAGACGACCAUGGUGAAGUUCUCCAAGGCCAUCGCCAUCACUGCACAAGAAAUGAUGACCAAGUCUGUGACCUGUCCUGAGGAGCUCGGUGGCCUUGCCUCUCAGGUGACUGUGGACUAUGCACAGCUUGGACACCAAGGGCGCCUCGCUGCAGCUACUGCAGAGCCAGAGGAGGUUGCAUUCCAGAUUAAGACACGGGUGCAAGAACUAGGCCAUGGAUGUAUCUAUCUGGUCCAGAAGGCUGGAGCUCUGCAGCUCAGCCCCACCGACAGCUUCUCCAAGAGGGAACUCAUUGAGUGCGCCCGAGCAGUCACAGAGAAGGUGUCCUUGGUGCUAUCAGCACUUCAAGCGGGAAACAAAGGCACCCAGGCCUGCAUCACAGCAGCCAGUGCUGUGUCAGGAAUUAUUGCUGACCUGGACACCACGAUCAUGUUCGCCUCAGCUGGAACUCUGAACCCGGAGAACGAAGAGUCAUUUGCUGAUCACAGGGAGAGCAUCCUGAAGACGGCCAAGACGCUGGUGGAGGACACCAAACUGCUGGUGGCGGGAGCUGCGUCCACCCAGGAGAAGCUGGCUCAGGCUGCACACUCCUCAGCCAAGACCAUCACUCAGCUUACCGAGGUUGUCAAACUGGGGGCAACCAGUAUGGGAUCCGAUGACCCUGAGACACAGGUGGUUCUUAUAAAUGCAGUAAGGGAUGUGGCCAAGGCUUUGGCCGAGCUCAUUGGUGCCACCAAAUGUGCUGCUGGCAAAGCACCUGAUGACCCGUCCAUGUAUCAGCUGAAGAGCGCGGCCAAGGUCAUGGUGACCAACGUGACUUCUCUUCUAAAAACAGUGAAGGCAGUGGAGGAUGAAGCCACUCGUGGCACAAGGGCACUGGAGGCCACCAUUGAGUUCAUAAAGCAGGAGCUGACAGUAAGUGCGUCCAAGGACGUCCCGGACAAGUCCGCUUCACCCGAGGAGUUCAUCCGCAACACAAAGGGCAUCACUGUAGCCACAGCCAAGGCCGUGGCUGCAGGCAACUCCGCUCAGCAGGAGGACGUGAUCGCGACCGCCAACUUGAGCCGCAAAGCCAUCUCCGAUAUGCUGACUACCUGCAAGCAAGCUGCACAUCAUCCUGAGGUGAGCGAGGACUUGAGAGGAAAAGCCUUACAAUACGGCACUGAGUGCACCACCGAAUACAUCAACCUUCUGGAACAAGUACUGCAGGUGUUGCAGAGACCGAUGCCAGAGCAGAAGCAGCAGCUGGCCAUGCAUUCAAAGCAUGUGGCAGCCUGUGUGACGGAGCUUGUCCAGACAGCCGAGGCCAUGAAAGGAUCAGACUGCGUGGACCCCGAGGACCCCACCGUCAUCGCUGAGACCGAGCUCCUCGGUGCAGCAGCCUCCAUUGAAGCCGCAGCCAAGAAACUGGAGCAGCUCAAGCCCAGGGCCAAGCCCAAGCAGGCUGAUGAGACACUGGAUUUUGAGGACCAGAUCUUAGAAGCUGCAAAGUCUAUCGCUGCAGCAACCAGUGCUCUUGUAAAAUCUGCAUCUGCAGCUCAAAGAGAACUGGUGCAACAAGGCAAGGUGGGAUCCAAUCUAGCUAAUGCAGUAGAUGACGGCCAGUGGUCACAGGGUCUCAUAUCAGCUGCUCGUAUGGUAGCAGCAGCCACCAGUAACCUGUGUGAGGCAGCGAACGCUUCAGUGCAGGGCCACGCCAGCGAGGAGAAGCUCAUCUGUUCUGCCAAGCAGGUCGCAGCCUCCACGGCUCAGCUGCUGGUAGCUUGCAAGGUGAAGGCGGACCACGACUCUGAAGCCAUGAGAAGAUUACAGGCUGCUGGCAAUGCAGUGAAGCGGGCUUCCGACAACCUGGUAAAGGCAGCUCAAAAAGCCGCAUUUGACAAGACGGAGGAUGACAGCGUGGUAGUGAAGACCAAAUUUGUUGGAGGCAUUGCUCAGAUUAUUGCAGCUCAGGAGGAGAUGUUAAGGAAGGAGCGCGAGCUGGAGGAGGCUCGGAAGAAGCUGGCUCAGAUCCGACAGCAGCAGUACAAAUUCCUGCCGAGCGAACUGAGGGAGGACGAGGGCUGACUAAGGCAGCAGGCGAGGAGGCUGAUGUGCAGAUGACAGCAUCUCCUGAACGGGAGACGAUGCAGGAUGUACUGUCGCCCUCUUGACUCCGACAUCACUGAAGACUAUAUUCAGCACUUGAAACAGGCCUAUUUGUUGAGAAAAACAAGUGCCUGUGCUUUGUAGUGUACUUGUGUGAGUGUAAGUGUGCGUGAUGUGUUUGUCAGUGAAUGGCUUCGACAUUCAGACUUUAAUAUAAAGGAAGUUGUUAUUGUGAGCAAACAGAGACAAAUUGAUUGAGUUAUUUUCAGUGUAGGUAUUAGUGCAUCAUGAGCAUUACUGACUGUUACAGGCAUGAAUCAGAUGCUGAUUCUCUCAGUAAUCACAGAACAUUCUUUAACUGAGGAGAGCAUAUAUGACUGAACAAAUGUUCAAAAAUGAAGGUCUGUAGCUUAUGUUUUACUGUAUAUGGAAAAUCCAUCAAAGGAUGAUUAGAAAGCAGUAAAGGCAAUGCCUCUUCAAACUGUGGGCUUGCAUGCUCCAUUACUCUUAACACAUAUCGAUAAAGCUACUAACCAAUAGAGUAUUAUUGUUCAAAAAGACCCUUGUAUCAUACUAAUCGUGUUAAUUGUGGGGAUUGUAGCUAAAAGAACAGAUUUAUUCCUGAAUUUAAAGCUAAUCUGUUCUUUUUGAUGCCAAACACAGAUUGGUUUAGAGUGAUGUAGAUGAAGUGAAGGGACAAAAUAACAAAAAUACAUUGAUCCCUACUAUCAAUCACUUUUAUGGAAAAUACCUAUGAAAAAGAAAGUAGUUUUGUUUAGAUAUUCAGAUCUAAAUGUGACCAAAUAUGUCUUGCUGCUUGUACAAUAUUGCACUCAAAGGACCCCACUGAUUUUUCACCUAAAAUACAGAUAACUUUGUAAAGUUAUAAACAGUAUUAUUACAUUGUUCUGACAUGUUUUUCCUUUUGCUUUCAUGGUUUAAAAUUCCAACUACUUACACAAACCAGAUUAAGUUCAUGUGCCACUUGUACUCAAACAGGGUUCCUUUGCGGUCUUCAAAAAUCCAGAAUAGUUUUGAAUUUAAUCAAUAUUUUACAGAUAUAAACAAAUGUGGAAGAAAAAAAAUGUAUUGCUUUUACAUAGCUACCAUGAUGACAGCUAUAUCUUCACCAUAUUCAGUGUUGAGUUGAAAAAAAAAGGUAUGUUGGAUGUAGAUAUGUCAUGGAUGUUACUCAGGUGAUGUAAUAAUAAGGAUGAACCUUGAGAUUCUUUUAUUUAGACUAUAAAUUUAUUAGGGAAACAGAAAUGAAAUUCCUUGUUGAGGCUUCUUUACUGUAAAUAUUAUUUACAAUUCUUGUCCAAAGUUUACAUACACUCAUCAGCCACAAAUGUCAUAAUAUUUUUUAUUUAUUUGAGCUUUUCUUUUUUUCACGGUGAACUGAAGAGAAACUAAACAGCAGCAUUUAUUUUUAAAACCAACAAAGGGACGGCAGAAGUUUGAAUUGUGUGGUCAAAAUUUUAUGUACAGGUUCAAUAAGGUCCUGGUUUACUAGUGGUUGGUCAUUUUAGAACUUCUAUCUGAAUUGGUUGAGUUCUCUUAGUUUGGUUGGUUUAUUGGCUUUUAAACAUUUAAAAUAAAUUUUCAGUACAGUUGAGUUCUUUAAUGCUUUAUUGAGUCCCAAAUCAGUUGUGAUGUGUGCUGGGAUCAUUGUCCUGUUGAAACACUAAUAUGUGUCCAAGUUUUACCUCUCCUGCUCUUGAUUUGAGUUCAAUUUUAGAGUUGACAUUAACAUGACAUUUAUGCUGGUAAUGAGUGGAUGUAUGAUACCUCUGACAGAUUUAGAUUUUUAUUUUCUACCAAAGCAUUUGUUUAUGUUAGGAAGUGAAACAGGCUUCUGUCAAAAGAUAGCAAAACUGUUUUGAAUUAAAUUAAUCUGUUUCUAUUUAGAAUUUAUUUAAAAAAAAUGUAUGUCAAAAAUGAUUUAAAAAUCUUUACUACUAGUGCAGCAAUCAAAUCGUUCUUUUAAUUGCUGAUGAGCUUUUUUCACUGUUUUUUUGAUGAUUUAUCUUUAGAAAGAAACUCCAAUUCUCUGAGAUUGGAAGGCCUCCUUGCCAUCUCCCUAAUUGUUAGCUCUUCCACAGAUUCUGGCAACAUUACAAUUUCUUCCAUUCAGAAGAAAUAAUUUUGCCAAAAUAAAAAGAAGAAAUCCCUUUCAACCAAAAUCUUUUUGGAGUAUGAAUAACUUGGAUCUUAACUUUGUAACUUAAACAUGCCCUGAAGUUUGACCCAGAUCUCUAGAAAUAAAUGUUUAAAAAAGUAUUGAACUGCAAUUGUUAGAAAGCAUUUUUUUUAGAAACGCUGAUCUAAGCACACUUUAUUAUUUUCCCGUUACUGUAAAGUGUUUUUAAAAUUGCUUCUAUAUUAACUUUGUAUGUCUACUACACAGGCUACUCCAGCAAGGUAAUAUUGAGUUACUGCUGUUGUUUGAUGGAAAAUAAGCUUCUUACAAGGAUAUUGGGCUUCCACCUCCGGGCUGAAAUGAGCAUAAAUGUUUUCACAUUUUUCACACUAAAGACAGCAAUUCAAGGCUUCCAUCACAUCAAAUCUUUAUUAGGAAACCGCUUCUUGUUGCAUUUGAGGGAACUGAUAAAAUUACUUUUUUUCUUUCUUCCAAUAAUGCAUUACACAUGUUUUAAAACUACUGCUGUUCAUUUCCUCAGUCUGUCCAGGCCCAUGUCAUGUCUGCAUCGUGUACUAGUGCCUUAUUUGAGUCUGCGCUGCAAGCAGCUGAACAUCAGGCUGGCUGGGAGCCUGAGCCUUCUCUCUCUGGGUCAGAAACAUUAUGCCAGUCUAUCAGCAAAAUCUUUGCCAUACUGGGGGCCUAUACCUGCCGGCGGUGUUAUAGUGCUGAUGUUAAAGGGCAUCUAUGGAUACCUUUAGGGUUUAGUUACUAACACUAGAUUGCAUUCAGUGAGCAUGUGGCUACAUGUAUCUGAGGUAAUGAAAUUAUUUAAAUUCAUUCAGCCAAAUACCGCUAAAACAUUGAGCUGAAUAACUUCCUUGUUGCAUUGUCUAAACCACUAUUAAAAUGUUUUUAUCUGUUAAUGUGAGACUAAUCCUGAAAUAUACUAUCCAGCAGGAGUGUCUAAGUAUUACUGGAAUAGAAUAAGAGUUGCCAUCUCUGUUAUAAAUAGGUGUUGUGCUUUCUUUAACAGAAUGCGUCAGUUGUAUCAUUUGAUGCUGUAUUUACAAUAUUUAUCUGGUCACAGAAGUAUUUUUUGUAUUCACUAAAAAUAAAAAUAAAACAGUUUCAAGCAAACAG